GAAGCAUAAAACCCACGCUUUUUGUAUCAUUUCAUUGCAGAAACAGAGAACUGACCUUCUCACCAUACUAAUAUUCAGCUCAUUACUACAAAUCUAGUACUACACCGAACGUGCCCCAUUGAAAUCGCUCACGUAGUGCCCUAGUGGACAAAAGAGCUGUAAAAUAGGUUAAGUGCUUAAGAAUAAAAAAAAAAAUACCAACUUAAUGAUUUUAUGGCUAUAUCGAUCUUUUUCUACUCAUAGUGUAAAGGAGUAGAGAUCAAAGUGGAUAAUAAAAUGAUAGAUAUGAUAGUAUUCGCUAGGUAGCGAACAAGUCUCGCGUUCAGUAUCAUACAGGCGUAUCUACAAUGAUCGAUUUCUCUUCAUCGAUUUUCUCUUCGGAUUGUUCCGGGAAAUACGGCCAAUAUUCGGAUGAUCUCUCGGUGUGUUUCAGUAAAGGACGACUAGGACUAGCAUCUAAACCAACAAAUACAACCAAAAAGGAUUUAUCGGCCAAGUUAUUUACCAAAGAGAAAAUCGAUGAAGAGAAAUCGAUCAUUGUAGAUACGCCUGUAUGAUACUGAGCGCGAGAAGUGUGAAAAUUUAUAGAAGAUGAAAUUAGGCAAGUAGGCCAUAUAUAUAUUUUUUUUUUCGAAUGCGUGAAACAUCUGCCGUACGACCUGUGCUUUUAAACAGAUCGGCUUGGUUGGUAGUUCAUACCACUUUACCAAGACUGACAAAAGUUUCAGACACAUUUUUGGUCCUUUAGGGUCCCCAAAUCAUCGGUUUUAGUAGAAUAGCGUAUUUUUAUCGUCGAAAAAAUUUUUAGUCCCACACAUUUUUUUACAACUUUAGGCCCUUUGAGGGACCACUUUACCUUGAGAUACGGACUUCAAAUUUUGACAUGAUCAUUUCUGAGCCAAAACGAUCGUUUUCCAACAACGAACGUAUAACAUUUUCAAAUUUUGAAAAAUAAGCGACGGCCUACUAGACAGGCAAAAAGAUCGUGGUUGUGAUCUGUUAAAUGUUGUUCGGCUUUGCUUUCGGUUCGGUUUCCGUUCGGUUCGGUUCGGUUUUGGUCGACCGCUCCCUGGUUAAAGGGACGACUUGUUUUCGGAUAGGAUGAAUUUGGGAACGUUAGAUUACACAGCGCAACAUUUUUUUGUCUCAAGAGCAAACUUAUGUGUCUCCGAAGGAUUUUGGGCCGCUGAAUCUGAAUCCGGGCUGAGAUUUGCUCCAACACGUCACGUUUUGAGGUAUACCUCAAUUUAUUGGGCAAAAUAUGCGAUUUUGGGCUUUUUUGACUGCAAGUCAUUAAACAUGGAAAUUAACGACUCAUGCAAAAUAUUUCGUUUUACAUAAUCAAAUUUGAUAGAUUUAAGCAUUUUAUGUUAGUAUGAAAACUUGCAUGCAACUUUUGGAGGGUGACUUGUAUGGGAAAUAUCGUACACACUGGCGUAGCCACGGUGGGGGGUUUUAGGGUUAAACCACCCCCCACGAAAGUCGUGAACUUUAAAAAAAAAGACACUACACCGUCUUCAGCCAGAGGCUGCAAAGACUGAACAUUACAUACACGAGACAACGGACAACACACAUAACGCCCAGUGGCCCAAUGGAGAAUUUUCCGUUUGACGAAAAGUUUUCCCCGAUUGGAGCGGGAAUCGAACCCGCACUCCGAGGCUUACGAAACGCCUAGACGACUGACGCCGCUAACCGCACGGCCACGAAGCCCACAGAAUCAACAAUCCAACGAAAUUAUGAUGCAUAAUUACAUGCUGAUUUCAAAACCAUGCUUCAAAAAAUUUAAGUAGAACAAUUUUUGAGUUUCCACUUAAAAUCCAGUUCUACACUUUUUAAAAAUAUGGAAUUCACUGAAAUUCAAAUAUUUUGCGCUACAGUCAAUCGACUUUUAAUCUUUUUGUGUUAAUAGAAAGCAAAUAUGUUUCAAUCAUCUGAACACGUUUUUGGAGUUAGUUUAAGGGAUGAUACACAGACUAUGUCACGCAACUAUCGUUUACAAGGACUAUCAAGUCAAGUACAAGACACUGAAGACGACCUUACAGUUGCAAAGCAAAGCAAAGCAAAGCAAAGAUAACCGUACACAUCGUAGUUGCUACUCCGUGAUUGACCAGAACAAUCGAAGUUGCACAGAGAGCCAAUGAAUGUGAAAGCUUGGGACUAGCUAACCAUUCUCAAUGUGCACAAUUCGAGAGUUCAGCUAUUUAAAGUCAAUAACGGCGCUGGCCACGUCCUUACGGUCAUCAGGAAAGGGAAGGAAUGUUAGUUCGACAACCGUUGCUACUAGAAACCGUGGAAUCCACAGCAUCCCCACAGUUGUCACGGGAAGGAAUGGUGGUUAGUAGGGUAGGGUAAGGUGUGGAUCUAGGAGCCACCUCUGUUAGGUGAUAUGAUCCACUAGUUAUAUGGAAAUACACGUCGCGGUCUUCAUCACGAUUAUGAUUUAUUUGAUCACGAUGACCACUGAUCCCGGAUUUCGUGCUCGCGUUUCCAUCGCCCUACCGUGGAAACCGACUGACCAACGAAUAUUGUAACGCGAUUCUGAUCCCGGAUUUUUCACUCGCACUUCCAUCGCCCUACCGAGAAAACCGACUCACUGAAGAUGACCUUACAGUUGAGGUCGAAAUACGUAUCUGUCAAAGGAUGUAAAUUCUUAGUGGAAUUUAAAAGGAAGAGUAUUUAACCCAUUUUUUUUUUAUUUAAUUCCCAAUAUUUUGUUUUUCUGUGUACACUGGUACUCGCACUAGGGUUUCAAUGCAUGGUCAAUAUCGGUAUCAUUUCUUGACUUUUUCGUUAAGGGUUUCCGAGUUUGACUGAAAAAGGAGCGUGCUAAAGCAGAACUUGUCAAUCAGAAUUCUUCCUUGCAAUUCAGUUGAAAAUGACUACUGUAACAAAACCAAAUACUUAAUUAGGUACUAAUUAACAGGACACGGGAUAUACCAGAAAAGAUCAAAUAUUGGUAGCAGUGGUUAUGCCCCGAACAGAGAAACAAAAUGCUCUGUGUGAUUUUUGUAAACAUCCUUUACUAAGUUUCUGCAUGACCUAUAUCAUAGGCUAUAUGUACGCAAGUACUAUAAGAUGCGAGGCCUUACAGACAUGCGCACAGUGGCGGGCCUCCAUACAAAGGUAGGACAAAACUUUAAAUGUUAACCGAAAUGACUAAAAUUCACAGGUUAUGAUAAAUUUAGUGCCCUAAACUUAUUUCUGUAAAAAGCGUGGAUAUUAUGAUUAUUUACCUAAUUUAAUGCUGUUUGAGUAAAACUUUGGGUAACUGUGUUGUUUAAGUUGCAAGAAAUGAAAAAAAAAAUAACAACACGAAUACACAAAGUUUUGAAAAUUAGGCAAGGAACCAUAAUACCCACGCAUUUUCCACUAUUACAUUGCGUACCAUUGUGACGAGUCAGUUCAUUUUUUCAAUACUGCAUAAGUAGGGACUGUGGAAAUUCGCGGCAAAAUUUCUUAAAUUUCGCGGGCUACUAUUGUAAAUUUCGUGACACCGUCGUGGUCCCAUAUUUUUGACUGUUUUGCAGAAGAAAACUCUAAUUUUGCAUGCCAAAUAAAUAAUUCACUUGGUUUUUAGAGGUCUGAACUCAUCGAAAAAGUAACAUAUUUGAUGAAAAAUUAAAAAAGAAGUAUACAUUGAAUACUCAGUAAACUUGUAUUAUGCGAUACAGAAUCGUGUAUAGCUUACCAUUGUCAAAAGGUACCAGUCAAUUUAUGUUUAGAAAGUUGAAAUUGAUGGAAAUUUAUAAGGCAUGUUCACAAUUUUGUCAAUUUUUGCGGCAUUUCGCGGGAUUUCUUACAAUUCGCGUCCAGAGGCAAAUUUAGCGGAUUUCGCGGCUUCCGCGAAAUCGCGAAUUUCCAUUGUCCCUAUGCAUAAGGUAUCGUUUCCCAAACUUGGCUUUAUUGAACUCCCAGUUGGUUAUCUUGUCAUCUUGCUUCGUGAAGAACAAUUCAAGCGUGCCGCCAAGGGGUUCGGGAGUUGCGUAACAUAGUUUGGGAAGCUAUGGCGUUGGGCAUUUUCGAUAAACUGUAAUGGAAAAUUCAUCACAAUAACUUCCAUUACUUAAAACCGACAUUUCAAUAAGGCAUAGAGUAAAGUGGGGCAAAAGUUCGAGUGGGGCAAGAGUUUCUUUUGAAGUUUUUGAGUUUAAUUCAAAUGAUAUCUUUCGGGUGUCAAAGGUUGUUCGAUGCCUUUUUGAAAAAGAGUCUUUCACUCCAAAAAUUAUGAAAAUUGAUUAAUAUUUCGAAAAGUUAUGACAAAAUGUUGGUUUUUGAUCAAAAAAUUGUAACAUGCGAUGGUCCUUCCAACGCAUGGAAUGGAAUUGUAAUGAAAUCGAACUCGAUAUUUUAUUUUGGGGCGUAACUAGGUAUAUUCUGAAGAUGCUUUAGCAUGUAUAACUUUUUUCAAAAAAGUUUUGGAAAUCAUAUUUUACACAUAGUGGGGCAAAAGUUCGAAUUGUGGGGCAAGAGUUCGAGUCAUGUGGCAACUUUAGGUAAAACCCUAAAAUUCUGCAAAAUUUACAUAUUAUCUCUAAAAAUGAUGGAAUUAGUGAGAAAAUUCGAUCGAAGUUGAAAAAAAAUGUUGUUUUAUCUGAAUUUGGCGGAAAACUACUAAUUUUUGGUGAAGUAAAUUUAACCCUGAGUUGGGUAAAAUCCAGAUCGAACUUUAAAGUGUAUUCCAAUUCCAACAUCAAAUAUUUAUUGGUUUUAGGUAUUCCAAUAACCAAAGUGUCGCAAUAGUGUUCUACGGAUAGCGGAAUACCACAAACACUAGAUUCGAACUUUUGCCCCAGUGGUGGGGCAAGAGUUCGAAUUAGACACACACAUACAAAAAGUGUUGUAACUCAAAAUUGAAAAGACAUUUGGCGUAACUUUGUUCAGCAAAAAUUUAGCUCAUGGAUGGUAGAAUCACCACACGGUAUUCAUUUAUUUUUAUCUGCUUCGAUUUCUUGAAAAUAAUAGAAUUUUCAACUAGGGUCGAACUUUUGCCCCACCUUACUCUAACUUCGUUCGAAAACAGUAACUUCUUAUAAAAAUGUGUGCCGUAUUUUAUCGCUCCUAUGUAUUGUAUAUAAUUCCAAAUAUGUGAAAGAUAAGGAUUAUAUCUUUCCAUCAAAAAUGGUAGAUUACGUGAAAGAAAUUUUGUGAAUGUGUAAGGGUUACACAUUUUUGGUGUAGUCUAGAAAUUAUGCACUUAUGAGUAGGGCUUACACACUUUAGGUGCUGAGCGGUUUUAGCGGUGACCGUUAACGCUUUGUUUUCGAAUAGAUUUAAUUUGGGAGCGUAAGAUUACUAAUGGCACGAUGGCCCUACGAUGACAUAUGCAUACCGUGAGCUUAAUUUCAAAACAGAAUCUUAGGUAUAUGUAAUGCCUACAUGCGAAAUGUGUACAUUACAGCUUGCAUGUUCAUCGUUCCAAUCAAUCGUGACUUGCAUCCUGCUACAUAAUAAACAAUGUUUCAAAUUAGAAUUUGAUCAAAUAAUCAAACUACGGGUGAUUAUUGGUUGCAAGUCAUGCUGGCACACGAUUUGUUUUUGCUUUUACACUUGAUAGGUGUUCUCAAAUAAACGCUAUCAAAUGCCCUCACCGAGCAUGAACCAAACGCCACCAUCACGCACUCUCUGGUGUAUUGGACGGACGGCUUUGGGACUGGGACAAGCCCGGCCAAGAGUUGGCGCGGCAUACGUAUCAUCAUCGGAGGAUCGCGCUUCGCCGAAGGUUAAAACAAUGAAGCAUAAUGAUGAUUGAACUUGAUUAUACGAUAUGAGAAGAAUGAAUCCAACCGCAUCCCCGUUUCCAGUAAAGAUUCUGCUUCGCCUGAAUUCACGUUCUACUUGUAGGCCUAAGUAUUCUGGUAAUCUUCAAAUUGAUCCGUGUACCUACAUUGCUUUCCGCGGAGAUUUCAACCCAAGAACGCCUUCUUCAUACCGGGGAAUCGAGUCGUUUUUACCGCCAAUUUUAUGCUUUUUGUCUUCGAUUCUGAGCAGUUCCCGGGUUUUCGUUCAUUGCUCCGAACGCGAAAGGGUGCGCGCAAAGCUUGAUCUUGAAAUUUGAUGAAGGCCGCAAUAAUAAUGCGAAAACAUUGCGAAGCUAUACAGCAUAGUACAGUACUAGCAAUUCCCUGAUGGUGAUGGUCGAAGAAAAUCAUUUUCGUUCGAUCCUCGAGUGUUCGGUACAAUGUUCCCCCAGCGCGAGGUUGAUUGCUCUUGCCAAACAACGAUGAGUUGCGCAAUCUUGUUGGCAGGCUUGCUGUAUUUACCUACCGAUCGCUACGUCUGUGACUGUUAUCAGCGGGAAUUUAAAUAAUUCGUAUAAGCAUGCUCAUUACUAGACAAGAAUUUGACAUUGAAAUGUGUUCAUGUUCACUCUUAUCAUACACGAUUUUAUUUUUUGUUUUAAAUUCGUGACAUUUGCUUCCUAGGUUUCCGCUGGCAAAUUACGCAGAAUUUUAAUUAAAUCAUAAAGAUGUGUUGGAUUGCUCAUCAGUUAAAAAGGCAGACCAUAUUUAAGAUGCACGUGAACCUCAACUGUUUCCUUCUAAUCACUCCUGCGCUACAGGAUUGUUAUGAAAUCAAGCUGACCGGGGGUAUACGUUGUCUGGACCACGUAGACGACUGAAUCCUUCCAGACCAGACGACGUGACUAAACCGAGGUCGAUUGAUUUUUGUUCGUUGACCUUGUCUUGAUUGUUACGGUCAAUUUACCUAAUUAUCAACACACAUAGCACGCGUUCCAGAGUCUAUCUCUAAGCGGACAGUCAGUCACAUAUAUGGUUUCUAUAUUGGCAAAUGAACCGUGUGACAACCGGGCUAGCUUUGCGACAAACGAUACGUAUAUGAAUGUGAAACACAGAUGAGAAAUAAUGAUUGUUCCGCGGAGAUCAGAAAAGAUCAUUUCCAUUAACACUAAUUGUUUGAGAUCAUUCGAAAUGGUAUGACAUAUCGUCGGUUUCCUGCAAUAGGGUAAAACUAAAAAAACAUCUUGUAGCAACUUUUCGAACCCUCAAAGCAGAAUACCCUCUUCGAAUGAGUAUGAUCAGUUUUAUAUCUUUUAAUUCCGCGCUUUUUUCCUUAUCCUUUGACAAAUACGUGUAUUUCGACUACCACUUGACCAAAUUGCCUGAAACUUGGUCAUAAAAUUCAGCUUGGCUGGGAAAGAUUUGAGGCCAACUUUUGAGUUCAAUAGGUUUCAUGAACCUCCCAUGACGAAAAGAACAAUACGGGCGAAAAUACGUAAGUUCCCCUAUAUGCCAUAGAAGCGUAAUAAUUGUAUUAUUUCACAGUUAUUGUUUGCAUUUUGAUUUGACAAAGAAAAUGAACAUCAGUCCUGUGGGUAAAAAUUCAACAUGAAUCUCAAUACAGCGCUUUCGGCCAAACCGUGGAAUGGUUUGUGAGAAUUUUUAGCGCUAUUUAAGUUCCGGCUUUUCGGGCCCGUAUGAAGUUGAUCACCAAUAUUAACUUCUUUUCCCGAUCAGCCUAGAUAGCUGUGUAGUGUCGGUAGCGGUUCGUUUAACUGGCUAAGAAUAGCACUACGGACCGCCUGUUCCAGUGGUAGGAAUCCACUAAUCAGGUGACCCCUAAUUCAUGGUGUUAUGCGGCUUUACGCUUACCGUGCCUAGGAAUGAAUGGUUAGGGGGGUCUUAUAAAAACCUAAUCGCAAACGGAGCCUGUGGAGUACCAGGGCACCCUCCACAGUAUUUGCCCUUACUGUGCUAACCGGAGCAAUAGCGCGGUGGACCUUGUGUUUCUCCGAGAGAAUCAGCUGUCCUUCUUCAAUCUUUUACUUGAGGAUGAAUAAGGGCGGGAUUAUGAAGAUGUUACUAAUUAGUUUAGAUUUUCACCUAUAUGGUUUCGCAUUAUGCGUUUUUCACAGUGUAUUCUGUGCAUCCUCGCCUUUGGCGCACUCAAAUUGAUACCGAUCUGGCUUUAUUGUUGCUGUUCUUUUUUGUGCUGUGAUUGUUAAGAGUUUAAUCUUGCCUAGUUUGGGUAGUGGCUACGGUUAGGAUAGCUCAGAUCAAUCUUCAGCACAAAAGAACAGCAACGAUCAAUCUUUGUAGACUUAUGCAAAAUGGUACAGCCCAAGUGGCGUUAGUCCAAGAACCUUACUUUCGUAAGGGGAAUUUCUAUUUAGGAAACCUUGUGAAUCCGGUGUUUGCUACUUUCAGUAAAAAUGAAAUGGCAAACUCACGUGUCAUGCCUCGAGCAUGUGUGCUUGUCAACAACGCAAUCGUUGCUACACUCAUAUCUAAACUAACUACCAGAGAUGUAUGUGCUAUAUCAAUUGAUGUAUCUGUUGGAAACCUCAACAGGAAAUACGUUUAUUGUUCGGUUUAUUUACCGCAUGAUGAACCAUCCCCUACGGAUGCUUUCAAACAUGUCAUUGCAUACUGCACUUCAAAAGGCCUUCCGCUAAUUGUUGGUAGUGAUGCUAAUGCUCACCAUAUAAUCUGGGGCAGCUCAGACAUCAAUUUGAGAGGCUCCAGUUUGAUGGAAUACUUAAGUAGUACAGAUCUUGGAUUACUUAACAUAGGCAACCGCCCAACCUUCAUGGUAUCUGGUAGAGAGGAAGUGUUAGACAUAACGCUUUGCUCUAGCAGAAUUAGUCAUGAGCUGACCAAUUGGCAUGUGUCAGAUGAAGAAUCUUUAUCUGACCAUCGUUACAUCUUGUUUGAACAUGUGAAUGUUACUUCGCAAACUUUGCGUUUCAGGAAUCCCCGGUCAACCAACUGGGAUCUCUUUACCGAUCUGGUUGCAGCCAAAUUUCAUGGAUACUCACCAUCAAUUGACACUCCAAGUGAUUUAGAUGAUGCCGUUGAUACUACAACGGCCUUCAUCAUGGAAGCUUUUGAAGAAACCUGCCCUCUGCGGUCUGUGAAGACCACAAGAGGAACCCCUUGGUGGAACUCCGAUCUGGCGAAGCUCAGGAAACAAUGUAGAAAGAGUUGGAACAGACGACAUUCGGCUGGAUCGGAGGCUUUCAGGUCGGCUCGCAAGGCCUACCAGAAAGCUCUUCGGUCUGCUGAACGAUCCGGCUGGAAAAACCUUUGUACAAAUGUUUCCAGUCUGAGUGAAGCCAGUUGAUUGAACAAAAUCCUUGCAAAAUCUAAGGAUUUUCAAGUGAACGAACUUCGUUUGCCAAAUGGUGAUUUCACUUCCUCUGAUGAGGAAGUUUUAGAAUGUUUAUUCAGUACACACUUCCCCGGAUGUGUGGAUAUUACAUCUUCGGAUGAACCUGAUGUCUUUUCUUGUAGUUAUGAUUCUUUAGCUUCGGCUCGGAGUAUCAUAACUUUAGAAUUGAUUGAAUGGGCACUUAAUAGCUUUGCUCCUUUCAAAUCUCCUGGGGCAGAUGGGAUUUAUCCUAUUUUGCUUCAGAAGGGAUUUGAUCAUUUCAAACAUGUUUUGAAACAACUACUUGUUUGCAGUUUUGCUACAGGGUAUAUUCCCAAAUCCUGGUGGGAUAUUACUGUGAAGUUUAUUCCGAAAGUGGGUCGCGCGUCGCAUGAAGAAGCAAAGAGCUUCAGACCUAUCAGUUUGACCUCUUUUCUUCUGAAAUGCUUAGAACGCAUAGUCGAUCAUCACAUCCGUGAUGUUCAUCUGGCCAAUGUGCCUCUUCAUGUGAACCAAAUGCUUACCAAUCUGGAAAGUCCACUGUGACUCUUUUACACAAAGUUGUUUACGAUAUCGAGAAGGCAUUCACUCAAAAGCAAUCCUGCUUGGGUGUUUUCUUAGAUAUCGAGGGUGCCUUUGACAAGGUGCCUUUCGAUGCCAUAUUGGAAGCCGCACGGGGUCAUGGUAUAUCUCCAAUGAUUUCCAAUUGGAUUCACCAAAUGCUCAAAACCGACAUCUUUUCUCGACAUUGCGUCAAGCGGCGAUUAGGAAAUUGAGUGUUUGUGGAUGCCCCCAAGGGGGAGUCUUAUCACCACUUUUAUGGAUUCUCGUAGCAGAUACGCUAUUGAGGCAACUCAAUAAUAGCGGUUUUCCUACUUAUGGUUUUGCCGACGACUACCUAAUAUUGUUAGUCGGUAUGUGCAUCAGCACCCUUUUCGACCUGAUGCAAAACGCUCUUCAGGUAGUUGAGGGUUGGUGUCGCCAAUAUGGCCUUUCGGUAAAUCCGAGUAAAACAUCUAUUGUUCUUUUCACGGAGAAGCGAAACCGUAAUGGUGUUCGAACUUUACGUCUCUUUGAUUCUGAAAUCAAUGUGACUGAACAGGUAAAGUACGUUGGAGUCAUUCUUGAUUCCAAGCUUUCCUGGACACCUCAUGUUGAGUUCAGAAUCAAGAAAGCUUGUAUGGCCUUCGGGCAAUGCCGGCGAACCUUUGGUACAACUUGGGGUCUAAAACCCAAGUAUAUCAAAUGGAUCUACACAACUGUUGUUCGGCCAAUAUUGGCUUAUGGAUGCCUUGUGUGGUGGCAAAUGGGCGAAGUGAGAACGGUCCAAUCAAAGUUAGGCCAUCUCCAAAGGAUGUGCUUAAUGGCGAUGUCUGGAGCGUUCUCUUCAACUCCCACGGCAGCACUCGAAGUUCUCUUUGACGUUGCCCCACUACACAUUCAUCUCAAACAAGAAGCACUUUCUUGCACUUACCGCCUAUGGGUACUCGGUUUACUAGAGGAAAUUCCUGUGAACCGCAGUUCAACACACACCUCGUUGUUUCCACUUUUGGUGAAUUGGGACAAAGUUGUCCUUGCUCCAAGUGAUCUUACAAUUGCUUGUAAUUUUCCAUAUAGGACAUUUUCCACGAAAUUCCCUUCCCGGGAAGAGUGGACAUCUGGUUAUCUGGAGAGAAACAAAACGCUGUUCACCUUGUAUGGGUACCUGGCCAUUCUUCCAUCGCUGGAAAUGAAUUGGCUGAUGAGUUAGCUCGCACUGGAGCAUCACAAGACUUCUUUGGCCCUGAGCCAGCUAUUCCGGUAUUCAAGUGUUGGAUUAAGCUUCAGAUUCACACCUGGGCUGUCAUUCAACACAGACAAUAUUGGAAUAGUUUGGAGUCAUGUCGUCAAACCAAAUUGUAUAGUGCUGAGCCAUCUCUACGGGUGGCGAAGUAUCUAACUAAUCUGUCUAAGCAGAAUUGCAGCAUGUUGGUCAAAGCAUUGACUAGCCACUGCCGACUCAGCUAUUACAUGGCGAAUAUUCAGCAAGCUGAUUCAUUUGCCUGUGAUAGCUGUGAAUCCGAUUAUGGAACUUCGUAUCAUUUGAUAUGUAACUGUCCAGUUUUCGCGCAACUGCAUUUCCGAGUAUUCGGUAAACACUUAUUAAGUGAAACUGACUUCAGAAACCUGAAUCUUCAGGAUAUUCUGUUGUUCUUAACCCGCUGUGGUAAAGAGCUAUAGGCUCUCUUUCGCUUUAUGCGUUAUUACAGUGCCCUUUUCUGGGCGCUGUUUGAACCCAUUGUGGUACGCUUGUGCGUUAGUACCCUCUUCCAGGGUAUUUUUCCUAUUUCCCUACCUGUCCCUAUCCCCAUCCAAAUCCUUUUCCCUUCCUUUUCCCUCAGGUAGAUGAUGAAAUAGGCUGUUAUUUUGGCGAUGGCACAAAUGUCCCAAAUGGAGGAUAACGUGCCUCUGGAGCCGGCCUUCUGAUACCUGAUACCUGAUAUAUGCCAUAGAAGCGUAAUAAUUGUAUUAUUUCACAGUUAUUGUUUGCAUUUUGAUUUGACAAAGAAAAUGAACAUCAGUCCUGUGGGUAAAAAUUCAACAUGAAUCUCAAUACAGCGCUUUCGGCCAAACCGUGGAAUGGUUUGUGAGAAUUUUUAGCGCUAUUUAAGUUCCUGCUGGAGAAAUUUCCAUUGAUUCCGCUUACUGUAUUCCUGCAAAAGAAAGGAGAAAAGACAAAACUGUUAGAAUUUUGAGCAUAAAUUAGAACUGAUUAGGACUAUUUUGGAAGCAUUUACAACUGUAAGUGGAAUUUUUAGAGCCCAGAUUGGAUUUAUUUUAGUUUAACAAGAGAUUCUCAACUGCCAUCGGCAUAACUUUUAUUUUAUACCAGAAAGUCUGCGCUUCAUACAGAAAAGUUGAUUAGGCAAGGUCUUAGAGGAUAGUUUUCUUUUACUUUCAGUAAUAUAUUCAUUGGAAAACAACAUGCAUGUUUUUCCUCUGGUUUAUGAUUAUUUAUACUGAAAAAAAGAAGAAAAAAGAUCCUUACAAAAUAAUCAGAAAACCCCUUAUUAACCUUCACGUACCCGACCCCCGACAACUUAUUUUCAAAAUGCUGGUAUUUCAUCAGUUCUCAUCCGUUUUUUUUUUUUUUUGAAGUCGCCCUCAAUCGAUCAUAAAUUGGUGCAAGUUUAUUACACCAAAGUGGCCAUGCAAUAUCCGGAACCAUCUCUGAGAUAUUCCGGAUUGUACUGGGGUCAUGGAGGGUGCCGAAAUGGCUAGAAAUGAUUAUUCCGCGUGUUAUUAUGUUUGAACCUUCGUUUUUGAGCGGAAUUUUCACUGCGUACAAUAAAACACAACUGCGGUAAUCAGAUUUGAAUAAGUUGACCCAUACGGAUCACCGUGACAGGUUCCGAGGGGGCCUCAUUGGGGACACUUCUGGGUUUCAUCCAAAUAUUCAUGGUUUCGAACGACUGAGUCAGAAAUGAUAGAAUGAAAUCUGUAUCAACUAAUAUGGCCACCCCGAAACAUAUAGCACACACAGAUAAAAAUAAUGAGGUUUACACGUCAUGUAAACUUCAUUUUAGUCAUGUAAACUUAGUGUUAUGAUGAUUUACAUGAUGUAUCAUGUAAAUUUGUGUUAUAUGUCAUGUAAACUCUCAGAGUCAUGCUGAUUUACAUGACAUAUAAUGGAAGUUUACAUGAUAUUUCAUGAACUUUACAUGAUAUGUUAUGUAAAGAUAUCCCACGCUCCAAUUAUGUGCAUCAUAUGUCACAGAAUUUUACACUCUUUUUUCGAUCUGUGCAGGUUCCACGGGGGUGCCAUCGCGGACAUUUCUGGUUUUCAACCAAAACAUGCCGAGCGACGUAUCAAUCUUCAUGAUUUCGAAUGAAUGGGAUAGAAAAAAAAAUGACUUAAGUAUGUAUCAACUGAUAUGGCCACUCCGUAACACCUGGAACAGGUUCCUCAAACACAAUAACAUACACGAAAUAAUCACUUUUAGCCAUUUAGCAAAACAGGCAUCAAUUGCUCAAGAUACUGAAACAAUUUUAUGGUCAGCAUCAGCCUACUGAAUAAAUAGGUAUAAAAGCGAGGACUCUUAUUUAGUUUUAAGUUCUUAAACAUAUCAAAACCCAUUUUUAUGAAAAGUGUCUUUUGGGUGUAUUUAAUACACGUUAUUAUACCACAUUAAUAAAAAAUAAUCAUAAUGUUUUCGAACUUCACCAUGCCAGCAGGCAUGUUUGAAAAUUAUCAAUGAAAUAUUUCAUUUUUCUUACAUAAAAUAGCAUUACUUCACCUAGCUAUUUAAAUACGUUACCAGUCAAAUUUUAAGUAAAACAAAUGGUUUUCUUAAGAUUGAAUCUACCCUUUUUCAUAUGCUGGAAAGCUUGAGGUGAAACAAUCACUUUGAAAUGUCACAACUGGCAUAGAGGUGCGUGGAAUUUGCCUAUAACUUUUUUAACAGUUGUAAGUUUUUGACACGCUAUUCGUGUUCAGAAGGUCAAAAUCAAGUGGAAAUGGUAAUUAAAAAUUUUACCUGAUGUUUAUUUGUACACUGAUCAAUUUCAUCCCAAAGUGGUAUUUUCAAUUUUUUUUGUUCGAAGUUUUUCAACUUUAUGUUAAAAUUUGUUGAAAACUGAGAUGUAUGUAGUUAGCGUGUAUACAAUACAGCAAGAAGGAAUGAAUUCCGUUGUACGGAAUUCAUUACACGAUCGAUCGGGUGAAACCGAUCUCGCAGACGAAGGUCUGAUCGAUAUUGAAAUAAAUUAAAGCGUUCAGUUCUUACUGACACCUCGAGCAGAUAAGUCGUCUAAAACUAUAUCUCCCAAACCAUCACAGACCCGUUAUAUUCUAGUGCGCUAAAUCCACCUCAGUUUAGGUACUAAAUAGUUCCGUAGUUCGUAGUGUUAUCCGGUGUAGUUGGUGGAUAUAUCAGCUGGCGGCGAGGGAAAAAGUUGAAAGUGCUCAAGAACAAUUAAAUCGAUCCGCCACAGUUCGGCGGAGAAGUGUUUUUUUUUCAGUGACGCGGCACCUUUUCAUCUCGAAACGCUACUGGGGCGUUCAUCGUCCGAUCCAGGCCAUUGCACUGAUAUUGAGUAAGGCGUCAGCAGCGAAGCUUUUGUGGGGACGACUUUUCUUCAACGACGACAACCUUUGGCGGCAGUUUUUCGCAGCAGUUAUACUGCAAAAAGGUUAAUCGCGUAAUCGGGAGUGGUAAGUUUUUCGUCGGAGGAGGUUUAGAGACGAGUUUUUUUUUGUGUGUGAAUCUGAGGAUUUGCCAUUUUAGUUACUUUUACUAGCGCCAUUUUGUAAGGUAACUUAUUGAAAAGUGUGUGACCUUUGUUUUCUUUUGUUAAGGAAAUAAUAGAAAAAGACUAAAAAGAAAUUCUGCAUCACAAUUACUUUGUCACAAUCUUUUAUUAAGAGAUUUUUUCUUUUAUUCUAUUAGACAGCGUCCCAGGAACAAUUAACAGCCAUUGUAGUGGACCAGGUGACACUUCAUCACCCAGUGUUUUUACGGCGAAACGGUUUGAUCCUUCUCAUCUGGCCGUUUUCUUCUGCUUGGUUCCCAUCCCGGCACAGGUGACUCAAAGAAACCUUAACGUCUACGGUCGGCUUGUGUGGUUGCCAAGGGGCGAAUACCGCAAGCAGCGCACCCACAUCUAUUCCCCUGGUCGGCAACGACUGAGCGACGGUUUUGAUUCAAAUUGGAAGCGUACAAACCAUGGCGCAUCGCGGUCAACUUCGUGUAUGUAAGGGUGGUGAUUCCGCCGAGAGACCAAACAUCCGUUUGGCUCGGCAACGGCCGAGCUUAGACACAAGCAGAGACACCAGUCAGGAGGAGUUUCACGGAUUUCCGGAGGAGGAGAUACGUCGAGGCAAGAAGAGGAAGAUCAUGGCUGAUAUUUCAGAUCAUGAGAUCGAACAGUCGCCGGGUUUUAUACCGAGGCGAUCGAAGAGGCUUAGAAAGACCCAUCGUGACAAUAACUUCAUUUAUUCUAAGUAAUGUUUAGCUGUGAACUUAAAUCAUAAUUUCCAUUUAUUAUUUUCUGAAUUUAAUGAACUUUAUUUGAAGACAUCAAAAUGAAUUGUUAAAACUUUUAAAAUAGUUUGUAUGUAGUUUCAUUCGGAACUUCCUCAAAGGGGGGAGGACUGAGAUGUAUGUAGUUAGCGUGUAUACAAUACAGCAAGAAGGAAUGAAUUCCGUUGUACGGAAUUCAUUACACGAUCGAUCGGGUGAAACCGAUCUCGCAGACGAAGGUCUGAUCGAUAUUGAAAUAAAUUAAAGCGUUCAGUUCUUACUGACACCUCGA